GUUUCCAGAAGUGGAUCCCCUUCCUUGCUGGAGCACAGCAGCGCAUAUAUCACCCGGUGGCAGCAGUCCACCUUCCCUGAAGUUUCGUAACCGCUUACGAGGGUAAAUUGAGAGUUGGGAACAGCCCUCUAUUAAGUAGCAGAUUGAGAAGAGGCUCUUCCCACUUGGAGAAGGCAAGUCUUCCCAGACAGACCCCUCGCAUCGGGAGCUACAGUAAUCGAGACGCCUCCUCUGCGCUCACUGUUGCCGCUGCUGCUGCUCCUCCUUCUCCGCUGCUGCUACUUGCUGCUACCCUCCACAAGGUGCCCCCGGAGCUUCAUCCUUUAUCCUCCUCCCUUUAUCCAGGUCCGACGGCAGGCUCCCGCCGCCGCGGGCACCGCCGAAGUCACCGCCGGAGGAGCUGUCCCGUCACCGAGCCCGGCACCCUGCGGCCACCGCGGCAGAUUCAUUCAUGUUGUUGUGAUCUGAAAGGGCAGAAAUGAAGACAGCGCUGUGCUCGGCAGUCGCUGCUCUGUGUGCAGCCGCCCUCCUCUCCUCCAUCGAGGCUGAAGAGAAACGCCUCUCAUUCCUUGCCCAGCUCCUUCUGUGUUCUGUUUCUCCCGGCUAGUGAGCCGGACCGUAGCUCCCUCUCUCUGUCCCUCUGGUGUGCUGUCCACACCACCCCACAGACAGGACGUGGGCCAGCGGCUGUGGCCACCGGGCACAGCGCCCCGAGGAGCCCAUUGCCACUGGGGCCAUGGCUCUGCCCCCAGGAUGGACCAAGAAGGGCUGGUCUCUGGCCUCUUUUGGUAAUAUUGAGAGAGAAAACAGAAAACCUGCUACUCAACAACCCGCAACUUUGAAAUAAAAUGCUCCAACAGAGUCUGGCUCUCUGCGCCUGUGUGUUUUGUCCGACCGGACCCUCGCCUCUGCCCCACCGGCCUGCCGGUGCAUCGGCCUCCCCUGCUCGGCGGGGCGACCCCCGGCUGAGCCUCGGGGUGGCCGGACCCUCCCUCAGGGACACCUCAGCUUCUGUCGGGGCUCUGACGUGGGGAACACACCUGGGGAGCUGCUGCUAGUGCCGUGACAUGCGGCGUGGGCACCGCUGAAGGGAAGGCUGGGCCAGGCCUUGCUGUGGCAGCCAGGGCUCUGAGGCUCUGGCAUCAGUGUGGUACUGUCACCUCCAAAAAGGCUUUUCCUUCUCCUCAUCCUCAACCCCUGGCGCAGUCUAUAUGGAGGCUGAGGCCCCUGCCAGCCCUGGCAGCAUCCUGCCUCCAGCUGAAGACAUGGGGAGAGCCAUCUUCACUGGCUCAAAAUGGCCUGGCUUGGCAUUUGGUCCCCAUGGAUUAACAGCAACUGUGCCCUCAGUGUGAGCUGCUUGGCUUUUUGAUCACAGUCAUGGCAUUUCUGGCAACAGUGGCUGCCCGGGAAAGUAAAAAGGCUGUAUGUCCUGCACUGAAAUGACUUGAUCUGACCUCCGGGACCUGACUCCAUUGUAAGUGUGAAUUCCCGUGGAUUUACUGGAAAAAAAGCAGAAGCCAGUGACUGAUAAUUCAUUUUUUUUGCCUUCCUUCUCUUUCUGUCUUGAACUGAAACCAAUUCCCUGAUCAUGGCCUCCCACAAGCUCCCUUGUUUGGACCUGGUCACCUUGGCUGAUCUCUUCGAAAAGCAUGGGGUGUCAGAGAUGUUUCCGCAGUGUCUGCCCCCCAAGCAGUAGUGCCUGCUUGGGGCAUGUAGAUGUAAAGUCUGCUGGCUUUCUGGAAAAAAGUGGCAUUUUUGCCAGUAGUGCAACAUCUGACCGCCCUAGGAGAGAAUCAGUCCACUGCCUUCCUCUUAUGCUGCGUUGCUGUUGGCAAAGGAACCGAAAAAGGUCAUUUGAAGUCAUUUCAGAGUUGUGUUUGAAACACAGGGUGCUGUGCCAGAGAAAGCAGAGAAAGUGUACAGUUUUGAUGGAGGAAGGGAGUGGAUGUGUUUGUUCAUUCUUCCUCAUCUUAGAAGGGAGCUCACUUAGAGCUGGCAUAAUAUUGCUGUUGUCCUGCACUAUGAAUUACAUGUAUGGAGUAUGUUGUUUCAGAACGUAAGUAAAGGUGUUUUAUUUAGCUAUAGUGUAGACUAAACCAGUCAUAGCUUCAGUACUGUUAAAGCAAGCUACAAAAAUGCAUUUGGAGCAACAUAGUUAUAACAGCAAAUCUUGACACAUAGCUGGAUGACCUUGAUGAGAUGUCGGAGGAUGCACUGUAGCCAAGCAAAAGAGUGGAUAAAACCUGAUCUUGAGAGUUGUAGGGGCUCUUGGACAGAACUUACAUUACUUUGCAUUCAAAAAUCUUUGAUAAAUAAAAUACCUAAUUUACAAUGAUCAUGUUUCUAUGAGAAAAUUCUCCUAGCUCCAGAGUUUUGAUUAAGAGCAGGGAAGUGUGGGAUGAAAAAUUGUGGUGCUGAAAAUGGAGUGAGAAAUAGUGGUGCUGAAAAUGAAAAUUUAAGACUAGGAGUACCUUAGGACUUGCUGUGGUGGGAUCUGCUUUUGUAGAGACUUUUACAGUGGGGUUUUUUUUUGUACUGUACUGGUCAUGCUUUUGCACUGUUUUAAUUUUGUGCUGCAAGUUUGCAUAAUUUAAUGAUUUAUAAUUAAUAAUGGCAUCUUAUUUACUUUAGCAAAUUAUUUACUGACUUAUUUAUUUACUUUAUUCUGGUGUCAUUGCAACUUAAAUCCUGUCUGCUGAACUGACUUUUUCCUGUUAACCUUUGGUCUUACUUUUUCAAAUUUCAGUUCUCUUUGUGGCAAAACUAUCCUCCUCCACUAGUCAGUCAGUCAGUCCUGUGUCUCUUUUCUUGGUUCUUUUUGACUCUCUGUGUAACAUUCACAGGACAUACAUUUUGAAAUUUCUUUCAGCCCAAAGGUGUGGGUAGACACUUCAUAGGAUGAAAGAGUGCGAGGAGAAUAAGGGAGAGGGCUAUUUAAUGUGAUGAAGAUUCUUGAUGUGAGGUGGAAAGAUGGGGUGAGAGCAGAGGAAAGAAAAAGCUUACUUUUAUUUUCUGCCAUCCUUCAGCUUUCAUUUUUCAGUUCUCCUGGGAGCAGACAGUUUAUCUGAUGCUGCUGUCCAUUCAGAUUCCUGAAUUUUCCAGUAUGAAACUGAUUCUUCAUCCAGCAUCACAGCUGUUCUGAAGUCCUUGGUGAGAGCUGUGCUCUGCUGCUUUUGGCAAGGCAGUGAUCUACAGUAAUUGUGUUAGAGCUUUUCUACAGAGUUACAGCAGAACAGGAGUUUCUAGUUGGACAGUCACUGUAGGAGUAGAGGGGGUAAAACCCACAUAGAGUCUAAAUGUAUUCAUACCAUUUCACUGGGGAAGUUGUUUGUUUAUGGUGGUCAAGGAAGCAAAUCCAUUUUCAUGCUCAGCAUUUUUGCUCUUUUCUUCUACAGUGAAACUCUUCUUGUUUUCUUUUGCAAUCCUUCUGAUAUCUCUCUCCCAGCUUAAACUCCUUGUGUGUGAUUCUAUAUUUUAUGCUUUGUUUUGUGCCUUUUCAGUCCAACACAGCAAUACUCCACUGCAUUCCAUGUCUGUCUACAUCAGAAUUUCUUUCUGAUACACUAUUUUUUUGAUCUGUGAUCACAAAGAGCCAAGGGCUCUAAUUUUAGUCAUAGUUAAGUAUAUUGGCAUGUGAAGAAUCUAUUAAUUAUAACCUCAAGUUACUGCUGUGAUGUUGUCAUGGCUUCAGUAGCAUGUCACAUUUCUUAAUACAGAGGGAUUUUCAAAGGCACAGGAAAGAAAUGAGGAAAUCAUUGGUUUUGUGUAACCUAACUGAGCUUCUGAAGGUGUUGACUUUUCCGUUUUUCAGGAAUUCGUUCAAACAUAGAAAAGUCUGUUUUCUAGGCUGGAGGUAGGAAGGAAGGCACCACUGAUCCAAGUGUGAAACCAUUGUGUUGUGCAUAGAAAGGUUUGUCUGGUGAAAAAUCUGUUACCAGGACACCCAGUAUAGUAAGUGACAAAUAAUUGCAGCACAGCAGUUGCAGAGAAUUAGAAUUUUUGGCUUGUAAUAAAGCUGUGUUGAGUACAUUAAUUUUCAUUGACUGAAUGAUUUAGAGGUGAUCCGGGAUAGCUGAAACUUUUGAAGUUUUGAAACUGGUUGGUAGGACCAUUAUUUUAUUCUUUUGAUGGCAAUAUCUUUUGAGGAAGAAGAUGUUGAUUUCAAAGUUCCUAAAUAGAGAGCCAUGUAGAUUGACAUGUGAAAUCGAAAUUUUUAUAUACAUGAGGGUGACUAUGCAUCCCUCUUUUUCCUGCUGCUAAUUAGAAACAAAAUAUACAUGCAUGUUUAAGUGUAUAUACACAAACUCAUACAUAUAUGUGCACAAACAUGUAAAAUUUGGUAAAUAUUCAUAAAUCUAAUGUGUGAAUACAUAUGCAUUAUGUUGAGAUACAUAUGUUUUCAUUUGUAUAGGUUAGAUGAAUUGUAUAGAUUUAAAUGAAUUUUUUUCAAAGUAAAUUUAUGAGCUAUGCAUCUUCUAUUUUGAAGAAAAGUCAUAUAAUAUUUAAAAUUUUAAAAAUGCAAAAAUUUUGAUGGCAAUGUUUCUAUGUUGUGAUUGGCAAUUAAUAUCUAACAAGUUUGAGAAGCUGCUCUUUUGAGAAUCUGCUCUUUACUACAUUUCUAGGCUGUAGCUCAUUCUUUCUCCCAGUCACAUUGACAAUGCAGACUUCAGAGGUCAUGAUCUGGUUAGUUGUACCAAAUUCACGCUAUUUCUAAAAAAUAUAGUAAAUUAAGAGUUUUGGCACCUUCCAGCCUCAGCAGGCCUUAUUGCUGGGAUGGUAAGGCUGAGCUUAAUCUUCAGCUUUUGCCAACUACAUGUUAUUUCAACAUGGGCUAACGUUAUUUUACCUGCUAAUUAUAGUGUGUCUUUUCCAGUGAUGGAAUCACAAAAUAUGUUUCACAGAGGGAUUGUGGAUGGCAGCUACUUCCAAGUUAUAUCACUUUUAAAUCUGGUUCUAGAUAUAAAUUACUUGAUAUUCCAGUUAUAUUUUAUUUCUGUCUUGUUAAGGUAUUGGGAUCCUCUAGCAGUCACAUUGUGUUAUCUGCAAAAAGCUGUAAAAUUUUUAUAUUACCUGUGAAGUACAAGCUAAUAUAACACAUAUUAGACCUGCAUAGCAUGAGAAAGCUGCUUUGCUCUCUUUUUUUUUUUUUUGUCUCAGAAAUUAUACUUUUAUUACAUGUGCAUAUAACACAAGAACUGGCAAUGUUUUAAGUAUAUUAUGUCUGAUUUUUUUCCUUUUGUUUUUCUUUUGUGGUGCAUAAUAUAGAAGAUCCAGUUAAGGAAAUGAUCAUAACACAGUUCGAAGAGUGGUAGAUAUUAAUGCUGUGGAAACAUAAUUGUUGUACAGCAGGAUAUACUUUUUCUACUCUGGAAACCCAGAGGGGAACCAUGCAUUUUGUGCAUCAACAGUUGGAUCACUGUAUGAAGGCAAUACUACAACAUUAAGACACCCUAUGAUCAUGACCCUGUACCUUAACAAGUCAGUGACAGGUUUGGCAUGGAUUUUGAUGGACACAGGAUCAGCAGUGUCACUACACUAAGAAUAGGUGCAACUUCACUGCUGCAAGUAGCCUGACAUCAAGACUGCUUGCUGGAGUUAAGCUGCAAUCACAUGUAAGAUUUUGUUGAGUGAAGUUUUAAGGUUUGUCCCUGUAAAGGGGCAAACUCCUACUACAACAAGGGACAUUUUUUUCCUAGAACUCUGCUUUGAUUCAGUAUUGCAAAUAUAUUCUUUUUUCACUGGUGAAUUCCCUUCUGGAAGAAUUUUAGUGAGAUGGAGUAACAGUUGCCCUAUUUUAUUAUCACAAUAAGGUUUUUAUCAUCUAAACAUUUUUCUUUACUUCAGAUCAGCUUACUAUUCUCAGUCAUAUGACCAUAGUUUGGUCUUCACCCCACAGCUGGUUUCACUUGGGUGAAAUCUGACCUCUGUGAAGGUCCAUGAAUGUUUUGGAGAUUCUGUUUGAGUAUCAAAAACUUACAGGCCAUCUGGAAGACAUUUUGAUGACAUUGGAUCCAAACGACUUUUUCUUUCACUCAAGCAAGGUUCCUUUUUGGAUUUCUAUCAGAGAAAUAUUCAACGCUUGAGUUUGAUAAACCAUAGGCUGAGAAUGAAUGGAUUUAAAGUAAAGCAAUGAAGACGGGGACUAGGUCUCAGAAAUAACUGUUAUGAUAAAGGUAGUGAGGUUUUUCCAAUAGUUUCUGUGGGAAGCUGUCAGUCUUGACAGUAGUGGAGGUCUUUAAGAAUGAUCUGAGAAAACACAUCAGGAAUGACACAGGGUGGCCAAUCUUGUCUUGACCGUGGAAUGGAGAAGGGAACGUUCAAGUUCCCCUGCAAUGCCAUUUUCUAUGAUCACCUGGAUACGAAUGGAUACACCACUCAUGUGUCAAUGUACUAAUCUUGUUACCUGCCAAGAUCCACAUCUGAAUUUUCAUAAAACGGAAUAAAAUCCUUUAAAAUGCUCAAGACUCUUCCUCACAGUCAGCUUUUUCAGUUUAUCUGGAAUCCAGUCAUUUGGACAUCAACAAGUUGGGCUGCUGCUGUCCUUCAGCAGUUAAAGCCUAAAGUCUCUGCUGCAACAUGCCAAUUUACUUGCAAGGUUGGUGGUGCUACUUUUUCCAUGUACUGAAUUUUUUUUUUAAAAGCAUGCUCAGGUCAGUUGUCUCUGCCUUUGCAUUAAAUUUGUCCUGAGCCAUUGCUACUGAAACAAUAUUUUAUAAUGAUAUUCUUAUCAUCUAAAUGUAUUUUACUAUUAACACAUGUUGCAUGAUUUUGAUACUAAGUAACUACCCUGCCAUCUCUAGCAUUGUGAUACUCAUAAACUGAAUGAUGAAUAAACUGUGCAUGCAGAUUAAUGGUCUAAUCUCACUGCCUGUGUAUGGACAACAGGAAAAAUAACAUUUACUUCAGUACUAGUGUUAUCUAUUGUAUCAGUGUUAUAAAGCCAUAUUAUCCUAUGGUUGGAAAUUACAGAAAAUUAAAAGAAAAAGAAUCCGUAUUUUUUAGCUCAGUUUUACUUUGUGUAAUUGGCCAGUGUCUUUUUGUAAUUAAACAUUCUAGCAUUUACUACUUUAUCUGCUUUUCAAAUGGUAUUCAAAUCUGAUAUGAAAUCUGACAUACGAUGGAGGUCUUCUAUGAAACAGAAGAUCUGUCCUUUAAAAAUGCCUGCAAAACUCUCUCACUAGUAGUUAAGGAAAGUAUGGCUGGAUCUAAUCUUACUUUGUAGACCUAUUUAAACAAUAAUAUAUAAUACACCUACCAUGCACUGACAGUGAGUCAGUAAAAUACUGCAUGAAUAAGCAUGACAAUUUUACAAAGAGAAUAUCAUUAUAAAAUAUUUAUGAAACGUCUUUGUGUAAUGAACCUUGUACAUGGAGGCUUUGUCCAUUGUGGGAAGCUAAAAAACCAAUAAUCAACAUUUCAUUUAUGUAUGCAUGAUGCUGCAAAUUAGCGUAUGUAAACUAUUUCUUUCUGUACUGUUCAGUUACUUCUGUCAUCAGCUCCUAAAAGUUUUAUUUGCAGUCAUUUGUUCAUUUCACUGGUGCCCUCUUUGCCAUUUUCUAUAAAAUUCUGUAAAAUAAAUGUCCUUAAAUAUAUUUUGAUGUUGUCUUUUCAUAAUUAACCAUUGUGUUGUUUGGAACCAUACUGGCAUUUUAUGUUAAAAUGCCACUAUUAGUAUGGGUACACCUGCUGCAAAGGGAACAUGAAAACAAUAGUUUACACCUUUGAAAUUGAACAGAAAUCUGGUGUAAACAGGUAGAAUUUUAUUUUUGAGAACUUUGCAUCAGCUUGAAUAUUUUGGCAAAUUGCAACCAUUGCUAAUGCCAUCUAUUAUUCCCUUAGUUCCUGAAUCCUUUGUUGCUAUAUGCAAAGUAUGUCACUUUAGUGACUUCUAGGAACAAAGGGGUGGAGUUCUCCAUAUUUUGUAAUAUAAUGAUACAUCAGUGUAUCAUUAUUGCUGAUAUACAUUCAUAACUAGACCCUAACAGAAAUUAUUUUACUGAACAUUAAAUGCCCAAUCUUUUCCUGUAUUCUUUAAAUUGUUGAUUUUCUCUGCCAAGUUUCUAGAUUCAGUGAAAUUGAUGAGAAAUAUCAUAUGCAGAGACUAUAUUUAAAAAGCCGAUCAAUUCUUUGAUGUCUAAUUAAGAAGAGUACUGUGUUCUCUACAUCCUAAAUGAUCUCAUGAUGUUGUAAGCAGGUUGUGAUUUGGCAUGCUUGUACGGAUUGCACCCAGCAUGUAAAAAAAUUUCCUUUAAUUGUUAUGUGAAAUGUUUGCAUAUGUGGUGAUUAUCUGUGAACUCAUUGUACAUGUAUCCAAAUGUGUUUUCUAUUGUGCUUGAUUUUGCUGGCCAUUCUUGAAUGUCUUGGCAACUCAAGAAACAUAUGUUCUGUGCUGUCCUCUGUAAUGCAUAUACUCUUUGAUGUUUUGUCAUAUUUUGUCAGCUUUUAUUUUACUCUUUUUCCAACAAUAUAUUUUCAUAUUUGUUGGAAACAAAUUUAUGCAAAGACAAUUUUAGUAAGCUUUGCUCAACAUUGUUUUAUUUAUUCAUUUGUCAAAACUUGUUCAAGCUUUUAAACAUCUACCUGGUAUGAAUCUUUUGCAGUUAAUCCACCAUCAGACUUGAAUUUUACAAUUAUAGAUGAACAUAAUGUUCAAAUGUCAUGGAAAAGGCCACCAGAUACAAUAGUGGGUUACAGAAUAACUGUGGUUCCAACAAAUGCACUACCCAAACUGUCAUAUCAGAUCUUAUACCUGAUGUAGAGUAUGUUGUAUCAAUAGCUUCAUAUGACGACAGAGAGGAAAGUCUACCUGUUUUUGGCCAGCUGACAAUUCAGACAGGCGGCCCAGGGAUACCAGAGGAGAAGCUGAUUGAGGCUCAAUUACAAAGAUGCUCCAUAAGUGCAAUGACAGAUUUAGUUUUCCUGGUAGAUGGUUCAUGGAGUGUAGGAAGAAAUAACUUCGGAUAUAUUCUGGACUUCAUGGUUGCCCUUGUAUCAGCUUUUGAUAUUGGGGAAGAAAAGACGAGAGUUGGAGUUGUUCAGUACAGUUCAGAUACAAGAACAGAGUUCAAUUUAAAUCAGUAUUUCAGAAGAAGUGAUCUUAUUGAUGCAAUUAAAAGGAUACCUUACAAAGGCGGCAACACAAUGACAGGUGAGGCUAUUGAUUACCUUGUUCAAAACACCUUCACUGAGUCUGCUGGAGCAAGAAAAGGCUUUCCCAAAGUAGCAAUUGUCAUUACUGAUGGAAAAGCUCAAGAUGAUGUAGAAAUUCCUGCAAGAGAGCUUCGCGACAUAGGAGUUGAAGUUUUUUCCUUGGGUAUCAAAGCAGCAGAUGCAAAGGAACUCAAGCUAAUUGCAUCUCAGCCAUCACUGAAGCAUGUGUUCAACGUGGCUAAUUUUGAUGGAAUUGUGGAUAUACAGAAUGAAAUUAUCUUGCAAGUGUGCUCUGGUGUUGAUGAACAACUAGGUGAACUGGUUAGUGGGGAAGAAGUGGUGGAGCCUCCUUCAAAUCUGGUGGCCACUCAGGUCUCCUCAAAGUCUGUUAGAAUCACUUGGGAUCCAUCCACAAGCCAAAUAACUGGCUAUCGUCUGCAGUUCAUUCCAAUGAUAGCUGGGGGAAAACAACAUGUACUGAGUGUGGGUCCUCAGACUACAGCUCUGAAUGUUAAAGAUCUCUCUCCAGACACAGAGUAUCAAAUUAAUGUUUAUGCAAUGAAAGGACUGACCCCCAGUGAGCCAAUAACGAUAAUGGAAAAAACACAGCCAGUAAAAGUUCAAGUAGAAUGCUCACGUGGUGUGGAUGUAAAAGCUGAUGUUGUGUUUUUAGUAGAUGGUUCCUACAGCAUUGGUAUCGCCAAUUUUGUAAAAGUAAGAGCCUUUUUGGAAGUGCUAGUUAAAAGCUUUGAGAUAUCACCUCGAAAAGUACAGAUAAGUCUUGUCCAGUACAGCAGAGAUCCCCAUAUGGAGUUUUCUUUGAACAGAUACAACAGAGUGGAAGACAUAAUUCAGGCUAUUAACACCUUCCCCUACAGAGGUGGAUCUACCAACACAGGCAAAGCAAUGACAUAUGUGAGGGAGAAAGUAUUUGUUACCAGCAAAGGAUCAAGACCAAAUGUGCCAAGAGUCAUGAUUCUUAUCACUGAUGGAAAAUCAUCAGAUGCUUUUAAAGAACCUGCAAUUAAGCUGAGGGAUGCAGAUGUAGAAAUUUUUGCAGUUGGUGUGAAGGAUGCAGUGCGUACAGAGUUGGAAGCAAUAGCAUCACCUCCUGCGGACACCCAUGUUUACACAGUGGAAGAUUUUGAUGCUUUUCAAAGAAUAUCAUUUGAACUUACACAGUCUGUCUGCCUACGAAUUGAGCAGGAACUGGCUGCUAUAAGGAGAAAAUCUUAUGUACCUGCAAAGAACAUGGUCUUUUCUGACAUAACAUCAGAGAGUUUCAAAGUGAGCUGGUCUCCAGCUGGAUCUGAGGUUUUGUCCUAUCUCAUUAAAUAUAAAGUAGCAGUUGGUGGAGAAGAAUUCAUUGUUUCAGUACCAGCUUCAAGUACUAGCUCAGUUCUCACCAACUUACUACCUGAAACUACUUAUGCAGUCAGUGUGAUUUCUGAAUAUGAAGAUGGUGAUGGCCCUCCCUUGGAUGGAGAGGAAACCACCUUAGAAGUUAAAGGUGCUCCUCGAAACUUAAGGAUAACAGAUGAAACUACUGAUAGCUUUGUAGUUGGCUGGACUCCAGCUCCAGGAAAUGUCCUACGGUACAGGCUUGUUUAUAGACCACUUACUGGAGGAGAAAGGAGACAAGUGACUGUCUCAGCAAAUGAUAGGUCAACUACUCUGCAGAAUUUGAUCCAAGAUACAAGAUAUGAAGUGUCUGUUGUUCCUGAGUAUCAGUCUGGGCCUGGGAAUUCAUUGACUGGAUAUGCAAAAACUGAUGAAGUCCGGGGAACUCCAAGGAAUUUGAGAGUUUCUGAUGCUACAACAUCAACAAUGAGGCUGUCUUGGGAUGCUGCUCCUGGCAAAGUGCAGCAGUACUUCAUAACAUACACUCCAGUCGCAGGAGGUGAAACUAAGGAAGUGACUGUGAAAGGUGACACUACCUCUAAAGUGCUGAAAGGCUUGGACCAAGCCACUAGGUAUGCACUGACUGUGUCUGCCCUGUAUGCCUCUGGAGCAGGAGAAGCCCUUUCUGGAGAGGGAGAAACACUUGAAGAGCGUGGUUCACCACGUAAUUUGAUUACCACAGACAUAACUGACACUACAGUUGGGUUAUCAUGGACACCAGCUCCAGGAACAGUUAAUCAUUACAGGAUCAUAUGGAAAUCACUUUAUGAUGAUACCAUGGGAGAGAAGAGAGUCCCUGGAAAUACAGUGGAUGCUGUGAUAGAAGGCUUGGAGCCAGAGACUAAAUACAGGUUUUCAGUAUAUGCAGCCUACAGCAGUGGAGAAGGAGACCCAGUGGAAGGAGAGGCUUUUACUGAUGUGUCACCAAAUGCCAGGACUGUGACAGUAGACAACGAGACAGAAAACACAAUGAGAGUUACAUGGCAGCCUUCACCUGGGAAAGUCUUGUCUUACCGUGUGAACUACAAACCACGCAGCGGAGGAAGACAAAUGUCUGGAAGAGUAAAUGGUCCUGCUACCAGCAUAGUGCUAAAGCGACUUAAGCCCCGAACUACGUAUGACAUAACUGUCGUUCCAAUUUAUGAUUUUGGACAUGGGAAAUCAAGAAAAGGAGAAGGAACAACAGCUUCUCCCUUUAAGCCACCUCGAAAUCUGAGAACUUCUGAUUCAACUAUGUCAAGUUUCCGAGUAACCUGGGAGCCAGCCCCGGGGAGAGUGAAGGGGUACAAAGUAACUUUCCACCCUACUGAAGAUGACCGGAGCCUAGGAGAAUUAAUAGUGGGGCCAUACGACAGCACAGUGGUAUUGGAGGAGCUUAGGGCAGGAACUACCUAUAAGGUAAAUGUUUUUGGGAUGUUUGAAGGAGGAGAGAGCAACCCUCUGGUUGGACAAGAGAUGACCACUCUUUCAGAUACUACUACGGAGCCAUUUUUAUCUAGAGGUUUAGAAUGUAGAACCAGAGCAGAAGCUGAUAUUGUGCUGCUGGUGGAUGGCUCAUGGAGUAUUGGCCGGCCAAAUUUUAAAACCAUCAGGAACUUCAUUGCCCGUAUUGUUGAAGUUUUUGAUAUUGGUCCUGACAAAGUACAGAUUGGUCUUGCACAGUAUAGUGGUGACCCCAGGACAGAAUGGAAUCUCAAUUCUUACCGAACCAAACAGUCUUUAUUAGAGGCAGUAGCCAACUUACCAUACAAAGGAGGCAAUACUCUAACAGGAAUGGCUUUGGAUUUCAUCUUAAAAAACAACUUCAAACCAGCUGCUGGCUUAAGGCCCAGAGCUCGCAAAAUUGGUGUUCUCAUCACUGAUGGCAAAUCACAAGAUGAUGUAGUCACCCCUUCAAGAAAACUCAGAGACGAGGGAGUGGAACUGUAUGCAAUUGGUAUUAAAAAUGCAGAUGAAAAUGAAUUGAAGCAGAUUGCAACGGAUCCAGAUGACAUCCACGCUUACAAUGUUGUAGAUUUCCCCUACCUGGCUACCAUUGUUGAUAAUGUAACCACAAAUCUGUGUAACAGUGUGAAAGGUCCAGGUGAUUUGCCACCUCCUUCAAAUUUAGUUAUUUCAGAAGUGACACCUCGUUCUUUCAGACUGAGAUGGAGCCCACCUCCUGAGAGUGUUGAUAGAUACAGAGUUGAAUAUUAUCCUACCUCUGGAGGUAGCCCUAAACAGUUUUAUGUAAGUAGGAUGGAAAGAACAACAGUUCUGAAAGAUCUGCAACCUGAAACAGAAUAUGUGGUUAAUGUGUUUUCUGUGGUAGAAGAUGAAAGCAGUGAACCUCUGAUCGGCAGGGAAACAACUUUACCAAUCUCUUCAGUUAGAAACUUGAAUGUUUAUGACAUUGGAUCAACUUAUAUGCGAGUGAGAUGGGAACCUCUCAAUGGUGCUACUGGUUAUUUGUUAACAUAUGAACCUGUGAAUGCUACAGUCCCAGCCACAGAGAAAGAGAUGCCUGUGGUACCAUCAGUGAAUGAGGUGCAGCUGGUGGAUCUCAUCCCCAACACCGAGUACACUUUAACAGCUUACGUAUUGUUUGGUGAUAUGAAGAGUGACCCACUCACCACACAAGAAGUGACGUUACCUUUGCCUGGACCCAGAGGUUUAAAAAUUCAGGAUGUUACUCACAGCACCAUGAAUGUCGUUUGGGAUCCUGCCCCAGGAAAAGUUCGAAAAUACAUCCUAAGAUAUAAAAUAGCUGAUGAUGCUGAUGUAAAGGAGGUGGAACUUGAUAGACUCAAAACCAGCAUUACUCUCUCUGACCUUUCCUCCCGAACACUGUACAAUGUAAAAGUUGUUGCUGUAUAUGAUGAAGGGGAGUCCAUACCAACAAAUGCAGAAGCUGUCACUCAGCCUGUGCCAGCACCAGUCAAUCUCAGAAUCACAGAUAUAACCACAAAUAGUUUCAGAGGUACUUGGGAUCAUGGAGCUCCAGAUGUCUCUCUAUACAGAAUAACAUGGGGCCCCUAUGGAAGAGGGGAAAAACAGGAGACUAUCUUAAAUGGGGAUGAGAAUAGUUUGGUCUUUGAAAAUUUGAAUCCAGAUACAUUAUAUGAUGUCUCAGUUACUGCCAUCUAUCCUGAUGAAUCAGAAAGUGAUGAUCUCAUUGGCAGUGAACGAACAUUACCCUUGGUACCUAUCACUACACAAGCCCCAAAGAGUGGCCCACGAAACCUUCAGGUGUACAAUGCUACUUCACACAGUUUGACUGUCAAAUGGGAUCCUGCCAGUGGUCGGGUGCAGAGAUACAGGAUCAUUUACCAGCCUAUCAGUGGGGAUGGCCCUGAACAGUCGACUACUGUUGGAGGACGACAGAACAGUGUGGUGAUACAGAAGCUGCAGCCUGACACACCAUAUGCUAUUACUGUGUCAUCAAUGUAUGCAGAUGGUGAGGGGGGACGAAUGACAGGACGAGGCAGAACCAAACCUCUCACCACUGUGAAGAACUUGCUGGUUUAUGACCCAACCACCAGUACUCUGAAUGUUCGAUGGGAUCAUGCAGAAGGAAAUCCUCGCCAGUACAAAGUGUUUUAUGGACCUACAGCUGGAGGUGCAGAAGAAAUGACCACAGUACCAGGAAAUACAAACUAUGUCAUCCUGAGGACUCUUGAACCCAACACACCUUACACUGUAACUGUGGUUCCAGUUUUUCCAGAGGGGGAUGGUGGACGUACCUCUGACACUGGACGCACUUUGGAGAGAGGAACACCAAGAAACAUUCAUGUUUACAACCCCACACCAAACAGCAUGAACGUCCGUUGGGAGCCUGCUCCGGGUCCAGUACAGCAAUAUAGAAUUAAUUAUGCUCCACUGUCUGGCCCAAGGCCAUCAGAAUCUAUUGUGGUGCCAGGCAACACUCGUGAUGUGAUUCUGGAGCGCUUGACUCCUGACACUGCUUAUUCAAUAAAUGUUAUAGCUCUGUAUGCAGAUGGAGAGGGAAAUCCAAGCCAAGCACAGGGAAGAACAUUGCCUCGCAGUGGUCCAAGGAAUGUGAGAGUAUAUGAUGAGACUACAAACAGCCUUUCUGUACAAUGGGACCAUGCUGAUGGGCCAGUCCAGCAGUACAGAAUCAUUUAUUCACCCACUGUGGGAGACCCCAUUGAUGAAUAUACAACAGUUCCUGGCAUAAGGAAUAAUGUGAUACUACAACCACUACAAUCAGAUACACCAUAUAAAAUUACUGUUGUUGCUGUGUAUGAAGAUGGAGAUGGUGGACAACUGACUGGAAAUGGCAGAACUGUUGGCCUGCUUCCUCCUCAGAAUAUGUAUAUAACUGAUGAAUGGUAUACACGUUUCAGAGUUUCCUGGGAUCCAUCACCAUCCCCUGUUCUUGGCUAUAAAAUUGUAUACAAACCUGUGGGUUCAAAUGAGCCCAGGGAGUUUUUUGUGGGAGAAGUGACUUCCUACACUUUGCAUAAUCUGUCUCCCAGUACUACUUAUGAUGUGAAUGUUUAUGCCCAGUAUGAUUCUGGAAUGAGCGUACCUUUGACAGAUCAAGGCACUACAUUAUAUUUGAAUAUCACUGACCUAAAAAGUUACAAAGUGGGUUGGGAUACUCUCUGUAUCCGGUGGUCUCCUCAUCGGUCAGCAACUUCCUACAGACUGAAGCUAAAUCCAACUGAUGGUUCCAGAGGACAGGAAAUCACAAUACGUGGGUCAGAAACGAGCCACUGUUUUACUGGCCUCUCACCAGAUACAGAAUACAAUGCUACUGUCUUUGUUCAGACCCCUAACCUUGAGGGACCUCCAGUCUCUAUGAGGGAGCACACAGUCCUCAAACCUACUGAGGCACCAACUCCACCACCUACACCUCCUCCACCUCCCACAAUCCCUCCAGCUCGGGAUGUAUGCAGAGGUGCCAAAGCAGACAUAGUAUUCUUGACUGAUGCUUCCUGGAGUAUUGGUGAUGAUAACUUCAACAAAGUAGUGAAAUUUGUUUUUAGUACAGUUGGAGCCUUUGAUUUAAUCAAUCCUGCUGGAAUCCAGGUUUCAUUUGUGCAAUACAGUGAUGAGGCAAAAUCUGAAUUUAAACUGAACACAUUUGAUGACAAAGCCCAGGCUCUGGGAGCUCUUCAAAAUAUUCAGUACAGAGGAGGAAACACAAGGACAGGCAAAGCCCUAACAUUUAUCAAAGAAAAGGUUUUGACUUGGGAGAGUGGCAUGAGGCGAGGUGUUCCCAAGGUACUUGUUGUUGUCACAGAUGGUCGGUCUCAGGAUGAGGUGAGGAAAGCAGCGACAGUCAUACAGCACUCUGGCUUCAGUGUCUUUGUGGUUGGUGUGGCUGAUGUAGAUUACAAUGAACUGGCCAAGAUUGCCAGCAAGCCCAGUGAGCGCCAUGUAUUUAUUGUUGAUGACUUUGAUGCCUUUGAAAAGAUUCAAGAUAACCUCGUCACCUUUGUGUGUGAGACAGCUACCUCAACUUGUCCUCUUAUUUACUUGGAGGGAUACACUUCACCUGGUUUCAAGAUGCUGGAAUCAUACAAUCUAACAGAGAAGCAUUUUGCUUCUGUGCAAGGAGUUUCACUGGAAUCGGGCUCUUUCCCAAGCUAUGUAGCAUAUAGACUCCACAAAAACGCCUUUGUCAGCCAGCCAAUACGGGAAAUUCACCCGGAGGGAUUGCCACAGGCGUACACCAUCAUUCUGUUAUUCCGACUUCUGCCUGAAUCCCCCAAUGAGCCUUUUGCAAUUUGGCAGAUUACCGACAGAGAUUACAAACCACAAGUUGGAGUCGUGCUUGACCCUGCCAGCAAAGUGCUGUCAUUCUUUAACAAGGAUACAAGAGGAGAGGUUCAAACUGUAACUUUUGAUAAUGAUGACAUAAAGAAAAUAUUUUAUGGAAGCUUCCAUAAGGUUCAUAUUGUUGUGACUUCGUCAAAUGUUAAGAUUUACAUUGACUGCAGUGAAAUACUGGAAAAACCAAUUAAGGAGGCUGGUAAUAUCACAACUGAUGGCUAUGAAAUACUCGGGAAACUUCUAAAAGGCGACCGAAGAUCAGCAACAUUAGAAAUCCAGAAUUUUGAUAUUGUAUGCAGUCCAGUUUGGACUAGCAGAGACAGAUGCUGUGAUCUCCCUUCUAUGAGAGAUGAAGCAAAGUGCCCAGCUCUUCCAAAUGCUUGUACCUGUACUCAAGACAGUGUGGGACCUCCAGGACCUCCUGGACCAGCUGGUGGCCCAGGCGCUAAAGGUCCCAGAGGUGAAAGGGGUUUGACUGGAUCAUCUGGGCCUCCUGGUCCUCGUGGUGAGACAGGUCCUCCGGGCCCUCAAGGUCCCCCAGGUCCCCAGGGUCCCAAUGGGCUGUCAAUCCCAGGAGAACCGGGUCGUCAAGGAAUGAAAGGGGAUGCUGGCCAGCCUGGACUCCCAGGACGAUCGGGAACGCCAGGUUUACCUGGUCCACCUGGACCAGUGGGACCUCCAGGAGAAAGGGGUUUCACGGGAAAAGAUGGUCCCACAGGUCCCAGAGGCCCACCAGGACCAGCGGGUGCUCCCGGAGUUCCAGGAGUUGCUGGCCCAAGUGGAAAACCAGGGAAACCAGGAGAUCGUGGGACACCAGGUACACCUGGAAUGAAGGGAGAAAAAGGUGACAGAGGUGAUAUUGCUUCUCAAAACAUGAUGCGAGCAGUUGCAAGACAAGUUUGUGAACAACUGAUAAAUGGUCAAAUGAGCCGGUUCAAUCAAAUGCUGAAUCAAAUCCCGAAUGAUUAUUAUUCAAACCGCAACCAGCCAGGACCACCAGGUCCACCUGGUCCUCCUGGAGCUGCUGGGACAAGAGGAGAACCUGGACCUGGAGGAAGACCAGGAUUCCCAGGACCUCCUGGGGUUCAAGGACCACCUGGUGAAAGAGGAAUCCCUGGAGAGAAAGGUGAAAGAGGGACUGGAUCCCAAGGACCACGAGGUUUGCCAGGACCACCUGGUCCACAAGGAGAAUCUAGAACUGGUCCACCAGGCUCCACAGGAUCACGAGGACCACCAGGACCACCAGGCCGUCCUGGAAAUGCGGGUAUCCGGGGUCCCCCAGGGCCACCAGGCUACUGUGAUUCAUCCCAGUGUGCUAGCAUCCCUUACAAUGGCCAAGGAUUCCCAGAACAAGGUUUCGGCUAACACAUUUUCUAAGUCGCCAGUGCUGCUUACAGUUUGAAUACAUGAAAAUCCUGUUUCUGAGAUGUUUGCGCACGUGCUUAUUAGAGAAUGAGUCCGUAUGGAUAUUUCACCAUGGAUAUGGUUCUUGAACCAUGUUGACCUCAUAGAACGGGGAGAUACUUUUACUAACACAACUCAUGAAUGAGAUAAAGGACAGUGACAUCAAUUCAUUAAGCCUAUUGCAUUUCAAUAAUAAAAUAGACAGUCUUUCUUUUUUUAAAAAAGACCUAGACCACCAAAAACCUCAGUGGCGAAGGAGGCUUGUAAAACUACUAACCAGCAAAGGUAAUGCCAUUAGAAGAGAGACAGAUUUAACCUGGAAAAGGAGAAAUAACUUAUGUAAAUAGUAAACUAAUUGUGGCUUGUAGAUGAUUUGUAUGGGACUGUAUCCACUAAAAUCUGUUAACAACUCUACGUGAUACUUUUGCAUAAAAGCCUGCUGCUGCUUGCUGUAUGCCAGAAUAACAUCUUUGACAACUUAUGAAAUCUACCUGUCUGUUUCUUGUUGCCAACAUGUCUGAAUUGCGGCAUAUACCUUUUUUUAUGUGUAAUCUUGUUGGAUCUGUAACUGCAGUUAUAAAUACCAAAGUUUUAUAAUAUUUUUUCUUCUGUUUUGCUGUAGUUUUUGGUGUUCCUGAAGCACCAGCUGUAACUCGGUUUGUUACGAGGAACAGCACGACAAAAUGACAUGUACUGUAUAUUGCCACUGGUGAUAGUUAUGUCUACACUUAUUUCCCAUUCUCAGAGAAAAUUAGUAUAUGCCAAACCCAUCUCUUCAUUUUACCUGCUCCAUGUCUUCUAUUAAUUAUGCAGUUUAAAAUAAAGACCAAUGCUUAGAUUUACUGAAGUAGCUGUAAAAUAGUAAUUUUAUUUUAUUUUAUUGGUUUUGGUUUUUUUAAAUAGUUUUACCAUGACUUGUCCCUUACCUAAUUUAUGACUCUUUCUGCACUGUUUUGUGUAUUAUAAAUACAAAACCUUUCAAGAUGAAUUUUAAACCUUUUAUUAUUUUACUGCCAAAAAGCAUUCAUGAGCAAAACUGAGAAACACCCCCAGUGAACUAAUUAUUUAUAUAUUUAUUAUGUGAAAAUAAGGUUGAACUAACAUUAUGUAGACAGACUAACUUUCAUUGCAUAUGUGGAUUCAAAGACAUGCGAUAACUAUUAUGUCCAAUCGGACAACUAUUUUCAACCAGAACCAUACGUGCCUGAAAGUGGACCCUAUCAGCCUGAAGGUGAACCCUUUAUAGUACCUAUGGAGUCAGAAAGGAGAGAGGACGAGUAUGAGGACUAUGGAGUUGAAAUGCAUUCACCAGAAUACCCUGAGCACAUGCGCUGGAAAAGGUCACUGUCAAGAAAGGCAAAAACAAAACCGUGAAAGAUCCAUGUCUUCUUUUGGGUUGUUUUUUGUUUGGUUUUUUUUUUUUUUGGUUGGUGGUUUGGUUUUUUUGUUUUUGUUUUUUUGCUGUGCUUGCAUUUGCAGAUACACACAGGGAGAGUGCAUCAUUCCUUUUGCAAUAAGGCUCUCUGGUCUUUUCAUGUCAGAUGCACCCCUGGUUUGUAUCUUGCUUAUGUAGGGAUAGCAAUGUGUGUGUACCCAAACACUUCAUGUUGCUCUGCAAAUGCUUGUAAAAUACUGUUGCUUAUAGUGGUUACAUACAGAUUAAGGUGUGCAUUCAGUUAUCCCAGUGCUGCCUUUUCAUUAAAAUAAUGUAAAAACAAAUACAUUAAAAAAAAAAAGAAAACCAAAAAUCCAAAACAAAAAUAACCACAGAGCUGUUGCAAAUUUUCUAAGGACUGUCUGCUUGAGCUCUACAUUUUUCUUCUUUCUCAAAUGCAUGUUUUCAAUUCAGUCAGAUCACAGGUCUGCAAUAUCUAGUUAAAAAGAACCAAACAUUUCCCUCUCCUUCCAGUAUCAUUGUAUUUUUCUUCUAUUCUGAGUUACAAUCUGCAGAGCAUAUACUGCUCUUAUACAUCUCCUCUAAACACCACAAACAUUAAGUAGCUGAAAUCAUUGUAUCAACUGGAUACAGUUUAAUAAUGCCUGAAAUCUCCUUGUUUGUAGACACAGUUACAUUUAUGCCAAAUUGCAGUCAAUCCUGCAGAGAUGGAAUUGCAUGUUUAUGUUGUAUAUUUAGUAUGGAUUUUUUUUCAGAAUACAAUGUUUCUUAGUUACCAAAAGCAGUUGGAAAUUGUUUGCAAGACUAUGGAUAUAGAAUUGCUGCUUUUAUAUUUUAACUGCAAAUUGUGAAUUUCACUGCCUUAUAUUAUUUAUUUCUGAAAUGAAAGAGGCAUUUUUCAAUAAAACUACUGAAAAUGGA